GGUUGAGUAAUGAAAAACUUGUAAACUUAAAUUGCAACAAAAGUUAAUAGGAAAGUAGGAAUGACCAAGAGUCCAGUAUGUGGACAAAUCUUUAGGUGCCCAGUAAAGUCGCAAGAUUUGGUGUCUGAAAACAGAUUCUGUGUAUCUUAAAUGCCACUGUAUUACUGAAUUUUAAAAAAUAGUGAAGAGCUUUUCACUCUUCAAAGAGCUUGUGUUUAAUGUGGGGAGUUAGUUAAAUCAGGAACAGUGCUCUUUGCUAACUAUCUCGUUGCUUAGUCCGUGAAGCUAUUUUGAUAAAUAUUUCCAAAAAAUUCGUAGAAAGGGUGUUGUAGGUCAUAUUUAAUUAUUUUAAGCAUUCAUAGAACUCAUCGGUUUAAUAUGUGGGACAAAAUGGGUGGGUAUCUUGGUGAUAGAAUAGUGAAGUGUAGACAUCCUUGUAAAUCGAAAUCUGUUUUUAGUAUUUUUCGUUUUUUAAGUGAAAGUACAAAAUUUUCUGAAAAGCUGCAACUAGUAAAACAUUUAGGUUUUAAAGACUCUGCAUUCUCUGUAACAGGUGCUUACCUCUCCUGUUAAAACAUAAGCAGCCACAGAUAAUUCAUACGUGCAUGCAUUUACAAAGCAGGGAGGCUCUACUUGUCUUCAAUGCCAUAGUUGUAUGAGUUAACCCAAAGUAAGUUCAGGAGGAAGCGAUGGUGUACAGUUUGUGAGUUCUGAAAACGGCUCAUGGAGAAGGCUGUCUUGAGGGCUUAGAGCCGAGUUUGUUGAGCCCUUUAAUAUUCAGAACUCUAAUGGAGUCAUUGUGGUUAAUUAAAGUAAAAGCAAGCCUGUGAGGAGGGGGGUGGGAAGUAAUGAAGUUAGAGGCUUGGCAUCCCAGCUCUUUCCAACUGUAGUUGGUAGUAAAAGGAUUGCAAUGCAGAAUGAGAAAGCCAGGGAUGUUUUGAAUAAUACAUCCUAAACUGAUUGAAAAAUUAAGCCAGGUCGUUUACUUCCUCAGAGCUUUUAUUCUACCAGUACAAAUUAAGUCCAUACAUCUUUUCCCAAAACUAUUUAUCAUACUGUGUCUUUUAUUGAGACUGGAUAAAACAUCCAGAAUGCUUUUAUGGAAGAACUGAAAGGUAAGGACCAGAUGCUGUUUUCUGACUUCCUGGAUGUCUGUGGCUCUUUGUGUGCUCACAUCCACUCCAAACUGGACUUGCUCUUGCAUGAAAACUAUUAAGGGAGCCACUAGUUUCUAUGUGGUGUCAAGGUUUGUAUGUUCCUUAAUGUAUUCUGCAAUCUAUAUUAUUUAUAAAGCUUCAAAUCAGUUAUAACUUUCACAUCUUUGUGAUUCUGACACAAGGCAUAAUUAAAAACCAACUUACUGAAAAUGAGUUAUUUGUUUCUGGGCAAGCUAUUUUCAUAAAAUUACUUGAAGGGGCAAAAGAGGACUACAUAAAUUGGGAAAGGUUUUUUUUCUUUGUAGUUGAACAAGUACCAUUAAAUUAUUCAAGAUAACAUCACUUUUAGGUUAAAUCACUUUGUUAAAUGGCUUCAUGGUAGCAAUUUGGGUGUAAAAAUAGAACAAAUUUUGGAGGCAUAAACACUAAAGAUAAAUUUUUAUCAGUACUUAUAAAGAAAAAUCCUUUAGAAUGUCAUUCUCAAAAUUUAAAGCUAACAAUGUGAAAAUAUAUAAGGAAUAAAAAGAUUUAAUCUCAGUAUGGGAUAACUGUGAACAGUUCUCCUUAUGCUCUGAAAGAACGUGAGUGGAUAAGGAUGUAACUCUUUGUAAUGCCAUAUGAAUCUGUGCCUUGUAGUCAACCUUGUAAAGCAAUCUUUCAUUUGCAGUGUGAUGUAUUGUGGGACUUUGCCUUCUGGAUUUAGUAGCAUUGUUUAUUUGAGUGCACAUUGUUUUGCAGGUGUAAUGCUGGAUGCUUCCAGUAGUGAUCUUAUAUAUGAGGACAUUGAAGCUCUGAUUUAUCUAGGAUUUUGUAGACAAUGACAGGCCCCCAAACUGGCCUCAUUAAAGCUACCUGAGGCACUAUAAAAAAAUGUUUUUGAGCUCUGCUUAUUGGUCUUGGUUUAUUACAUCGAUAGUGGAACAAAUGGGAAUAAUUCCUGAAAUGAACCAGGCACUUGGUUACCCCUGAGUCUUUAAGACUCCAUUUUAUUUAUUUGCGGCAUCUUUACCUCGUUUUAGAACACUGUUCUGUCUUAAUUAAGUCUUAGGCAAAUGAGAUAGAAUUGCAUUGUGUUUCCAUGUGAGACUCAAAGGCAGUGUUGGCAAGAAACUAGUUCCAUCCAGUUUUACAGUGUUCUGACCAGCUGAGCAUUCAUUUAAUUGUUCAUACCUCAUUCUGCUCAACAGAGCUGUUCUUACAUUUGGCAAGUGCUGUUUCAAUUGUUACUUCUCUCUGUACUGGGAGCCCUGUAAGGGCUUAGCUGUUACUUGUGGCACUGCCUCCUAGUGACUAUUCCUUUUCUAAGCCUCAGAAUACAUAAAUAGACAUGGGAGUGUUGUCAGGGACACUGGUCAAGCUGAUAAUAAAUGUUGAGAGCUGCUUCUAAGCCAGUGACAAAAUAAACACAUUGUUAUCUACCACUUUUGUGGUACCUCUUCCAAAUCAUGUUGAUGCAAAGAUUUAAUAAGUUCACUAAAUUGUUUUAGUAUUAGGAUAUAAUGUCUGAGGGGGCAUUCCUUUAAAGCUACUAAAAUCAUCGUUUUAAAUAGAUAUAAUUUAGUUUGAUCAUUUUUUUUUCCAUUUCUGUUUUUCAGUAAAAUCGCUGUCUGUAGGUUGCAUAAUGGUAAGGGUGGGGGCAAACUAGACCUCACCAGCUGUGUUUCCUACGUUAGCUAACUGCCCAUCUGCUACCAAGUCGCAGCAGCUGGGGGAUGGAGGAGUUGAGAAUUCAAGGAUAGGACUUGUCUUCAAGACAUCUUCCAAAGAUGGAAAGUUGGCACAUUAAACAUUUAAAAGAAUCCAGCAUUUUAGGUCUUUCUGUAUUUUGUGUGUUUUUCAUAUACUUAAAUUGUUCUUCAGUUAUUCUUUCUCGUUUUGUAGCACAGAUAAAGAAUUGCUAUACAGAAUUCCACUCUGUUAUCCUACUCCAGUGUUCUUUAUAUGAUAUAACUUCUCUGCUCUUAAUAGGGUAGUAGUAAACAUCCUGGUCUUUUAUCUCUGGUUUUUGUUUUAUUUCUUUCAGAAAUGAAACUAGUAAUAUGCCUCAUGUGCAAAAGAAGCCCUCUUUUCCAAGUGGUACUCCCUUUCCCCCUUUUAUUAAAUGGAUUUUUUUUCUCAUACAAUGUAAUGUGAAUACAGCUUCCCCACUACUCCUCCCAGUUCUUGCCAACUACCUCUUCCAUUCAGAUUGACUUCCCUUUCUGUCUUUCAUUAAGAACGAACUGGCUUCCAAGAGAUACCAACAAAGACAGCAAACUAUCAUGAGACAAAACAAAACCCACCACAUCCAAGUUGGACAAGGCAAGCCAACAGAAAAAUACAAGAGCCCCAAGAGAAGGCAUAAGAAUCAGAGAUCCACUGGUUCACACAAUCAGGAGUCCCAUGAAAAUAGUGCAAGUGGACCUGGUACAGACAUGUAGGCCCCGUGCUUGCUGUUCCAGUCUCCCUAAAUUCAUACGAACUUUGCUCAGUUGUUUUAGAGGGCUUUGUUCUGGUAUCCCCCAUCCCUGCUGUCUCCCCUACUCCUGCUCCCCCUUCCAUGAGGUUCACUGAGCUCUAAGGGGAGUGGUUUGAUGGGAACAUCUUGUUUAAAGCUGUGUGCCCCCUUUCUCUCCUCCUCCGUCCCUCCACUCUCUGUCUCUUCCUCCUCUCCCCUCCCACCCCUCUCUCUGAGUAAUAUCUGGCUGAAGGUUUUUGUAUUUGCUCCCAUCUGUUACAAGAGGAAGCUGCUCUGAUGAUGGCAGAGAAAGGCAUGAUCUAGGACUAUAGCAGAAUAUUACUAGGAAUCAUGUCAUUGUUACUUUUUGUUUUUAUUUUUGUUUUUGUUGUUUUUUAACAGUAGUGUUUUCUUUUACUCUAGGGCUCUAGGCUCUGGGCUGUCAUAUCUUGUCUGGUUCUUGGUUAGCCAAGCAGUACUGGGUAUGAGUUUUGUCUCAUGGAGUGAGCCUUCUGUCAGAUCAGACAUUGGUUGGUUAUCCCACAGGUUUGUGUCAUUGUUGCCCUGGCAUACUUCGCAGGCAGUACAGAUUGUAGAUCAAAGGUUUGGUGGUUGUGUUGGUGUUUGUAUUACUCUUUGGUAGCCAGCAGGGUACAUUGUUUUAGAUACUAUAACAUGGGGGUGAAGAUUCUAUGUAGGCCCCAGAUCAGCCUCUCCAAGUUCAGUGAGUUGUAAUAGUAUGUUUUAGCAAUGGGGCCUUACUGUCAGUCUAUUAAGAGCAACCUACUGUCUUGGCAAUAGUCUGGAUAGUGUAGGAAUUUCCACAGGACUCUGGCCAAAAACUCAAUUGGAUGAAACCCAGUCCAGUACUGAAAGCUUCAUUUGUUGACAAGAGUUAAGAAUUUCUAAGCCAUUUAUGGUGGCUUAGCAGGCCCAUAACUCUGUCACUUGGGUGGUUAACUCAGAAAGAUUACAGAUUUGAGGCCAACCUGUGGGUUAAACUGCAUCACAAGACCAAACCAAAAGAGGAAAGCAUAGGAAAGGGACCUUAGGAAGAGGGGAGGAUAGAUUGGUUACAGAGUAGGAAGGGAUAAGAUAAGGUAGGCAUUAUAGUAAUAGGAGCACUGCAUACUCGUAUAAAAUUGUCAACAAAUAAAACUAUUAAUAAAAUGUUAAAUGCUAAAUGGGUUCUUUUAAAACACAGAAAUGUUAUGUUUUUAUUUUAAUAUGAAGCUGCCUCAGAUCGUCCACAGCAUCUAUGAUUUAUCUCAUGCUCUGGCAGGGGUGUGACCUUGAAAGUUGAAGAUAGUUUACAUUUGGAGUUCUGGGAACUCUUAAAGAGGGAAUAUGAAGUCCAGAGCCUCAAGAGAGGUGGCAGGCGCUGAUGCCCCUGCUGUGGCUGUUUGGAUGCAGCUGGAUGCUGUUUAAGUUGAAGGAAUGGAUUUACCUCAAGGAACUAGAUACCCCGAAACAUCAGGAAGUAGUCUAAUAAUAUCCACAUUUUCCCCCUUCUAACCUUCUUACUCUUCUACCUAGUGUUGGGGAGUUUUAAAGGGAAUAAGGUAGUAGAGAAGGAGAAUCCACAAAGUUGCUAAAAGUGGUUUUUUUUUUUUUGGAUGGGACAUAUUUUAGCACGUACUAAUAUUAAUCAGAAUUAGUGAUCAGAGAAGGAAACUUCUAAGACACAUAAGGGAAUCAGGAGAGAUUUUAAGCAUUAUUUUCAGGUAGGCUACAGUGUCUAGGGCACAUGUGAGUGAUCUGGCUUUUGGUAGGAAUGUGGACAUAUAAUCUACAUGAAAAAGAUGUUAAAAUGGGUUUUUGUUUGUUUUUGCUUUGUUAAGAUGCAGGUAACUAGGUAGGCUUAUUUGAUUCCUGUAGAAUUUCUCCAAUCUCGUCAGCCAAGGAGCUUUGGGGAGAAACAAUGAAACAGUGGUGGGAAAAGGGACAACAGUUGGGCCAGGGAAAUAGCUAAGUGUUGAUGGACAGAAUAACAGUCUUCUUAAAGGUCAUGUUCUUGAAUUGAAAAUGAAAACCGACAGCAUGGCAGCGUGUUUUUCAUUUAGUCAUAUUCAGAGUCUCAGAGCAGACAAAGCAGUUUAGGGUUUACUAGAGCUUAGGUUUAAGGACAUAGCAGAGGAGGCUUAUUUACUGACCACAUUUACAUGGAAGGGGUUUUAAUGAAUGGAGUUCAGUCUCAUUAAGAAGAUCACUGUGGAUACAGGGAAAGGUGGACAAGGGAAAAGCAAAUAGAAUUAAUGAGCCUUAGAUAGAGUGAGCUCAAUUGUCAAAGGACUUAAAUUUGUGACUAGACAAGGUAAGGUGGAACAUGGGCGGCAUAUUUACAAAGUGUGCUUGAAAUUGAGAACGUCCAGAGAUGGUUGUUAUUGUUAAAGGCAAGCUAUAGCACAUGACCAUGCAAGUGGAGAAAACAGCACUGGCAGAGAUCUACCUUCUGCGUCCUAAUCUCAGUUGGUUAAAUUACAAGCUAUUAAAUCCAUCCAUGAAGGAAAAUGGACUCUAAGUUAAUAGGUUUCUCUCCAGGCUCAGGAUUUAAUGGCAAGAUGGUAUAUGUGGCUGUAAAACCAAAAUCAAUCACAUAUGAAAAUCCAGUUCCGCUAACUGGAUCACAAUCAAGACUGCAGCUGCGCAGUAGAAGCCCUGCACAGUUUCUAGGCAACAGAUAUAGCUUUGGUCCUUGGCUAUAGCUAGGCAAAGAUUCCUGUGUACACAGAACUCUGGAUUUGGUCAGAUACAGAAGCAGUCGUGAAUGAGGUGCUUGCGGCAGAGGACCUGGGCUGUUGGUUAGGAUUCCCAGGAACGUCUUAAUUAGAGAUCUUACUAUGAAGAAGCUCUUCCCCUUCAGGGAAAAGAGGAAGACAGAUGAUUCUCACAGCCACUCCUCAGACCUGUCCAUUAGCCUAGCCAGUACCAUGCCCAGCCUGUCCACAGGUGGGGGAUAUCAUCUUCGAGAUAAGCCCUUAAAGAAACUCCAUAAAGCUGCUUCAGUUGGCAAUGUGCAGAAGCUGAAGGAUUACCUCGAACGCAAGAAAUACGACGUGAAUGGGCGGGACAAAAGAAGCAGAACACCUUUGCAUUUCGCCUGUGCUAACGGAUAUACAAACAUUGUCUCUCUCUUAAUUGAGAAUCAAUGCAAAAUUAAUGUCCAGGAUAGUGAAAACAGAACCCCAUUGAUUAAGGCAGCAGAGUGUCAACAGGAGAGUUGUGCUACUCUUCUUCUACACCAUGGUGCAGAUCCAAAUCUGGGAGAUAUUUAUGGUAAUACUGCUCUCCAUUAUGCUGUUUAUGGCCAAAAUAUCUCAUUAGCCAAUAAAUUGCUUGACUACAAAGCCAAUCUUGAAGCCAAAAAUAAGGAUGGCUACACCCCGCUUUUACUUGCUGUUGCUGAAAAUAAUGAAAAUAUGGUAAAAUUCCUUCUGAAGAAAGGAGCCGAUGUAAAUGCAUCAGAUAAAAACCACAGAACAGCCAUCAUGAUUGCUCUGAUUGUUGAACCAACAAAUUCUGUAAAACUUCUUCUUCAGCAAGAUGCAGACCUAGCUUGUGAAGAUAUUUAUGGAUUUACAGCUGAGGAAUAUGCUUCAUUUAAUGGCUUUACUAUGUAUCAUCAGUUAAUUGCCAAUAAUGAGAAAAAGAAGAAAACUGAGCAAACAGCUCACUGAGCAGUUUUUCUUGUCACUUUAUAUUUUCUUUCAAGAAGGGAAGCAGCCUUUUCCUUUCAAAGCAGUACCUAACUAUGGAAUUAAAAUUUUCCUCUCUUUUAAAAUCAUAAAUCAUGUUGAAGAUCUUCAUUAACAUUUUCUGAUAACCCAUUUAAUAAAAAUUAAAAAUUCUAUGAUGAAA